AUGGCAACCUCCACUGCCCCCAUCGCUAUCCCUAGCCACGUCCACCCGUUAGCCUCCGAUUUGAGUCCGCGCGGUGUAGAUCUGGAAGGACGACUGGACCUGUCUCUUGAUGCUCUCAUCAAGGAGCGCAGGAAGGAGCACAAACUGCUGAAGAAGCAGGAUGAUGCGAAGAAGAGCAAACAGAAGCCUCAACCCGCUGACAAGAGAAAAAUGGCUAAGCAACAGAAGCCGCAGCAACAACAGUCGAAGAAGGUUUCGACCGUAAAGAUCGGCCAAAAGGCCCAGCGUAAGGCCCUGGUGAACAAGAACCGUGGCUUGCCUACUCUGUCUGCGACUGCCAAGGACAAGACGACCCAGUCCAGAACCAAGACGAGCAUUGCUGCCACCACGGCGAAGCUACGUCGGCAGAUGCGAGCGGAGAAAGUCAAUAACUCUUCUUCUGACCGCCUCGUUGCUUCGAAAGGCACCAACAAGAGCAACACCGCACAUCUAUCGAAGAAGAAGAACGCACCUCAACUGACGAGAAAAGUAUCAUCUCCCGUGCGUGUGGUGCAGCCGAAGAACAGCAAGAAGCUGCAGGCUCCCACGAAACAGCUCAAGGCGCAAGCGAAGCCACUAGUUCAUGUUCGACAGGUGAUGCGGACGAAUAACAAAAAGGCCAAGCUAAGCAUUACAAUCACAGGAUCGAAGAACUCCCAGAAGCGACAAAAGGCUGCUACGAAGGUUUUACUUCCGGGAAAGCUGUCGCAGGCUCUUGCGAAGAAAACUUCUGCAGCGGCAAAAGUGGUGAAGCGCGCUAAGAACCGAAAGGCGAGUGCGGCAAAGACCGUUAAGGUUGUACGCAAAGUACCUGGCAAGGGGAAGAAGCACUGA